GUUGGUUACAAGUCUGUCAAAAACUCGGUAUUGUUGAUUAUUGAUUGAAAAAUAUAAACAAGAUUAUUGAACAACUUUAGCUCGACCAACUUCCGCUCGAGCAUAUAAAUUUCCAUUUAUAUUUGGAUUUCCAAAUUCAGAGAGAUCAGGGAUUAUGUCCAAACAAAUGCUUGCUGGACAAGAAACCAGAAUUAAGGAUUCUUUGUUGGAUUUUGUAAAAACACAUAUUCCUAACGCCGAUCUGAAUCUCAUUGAUGAUAUUAUUCUCAGUUAUGCAGUUGCUAUUCUUGAAGAUAUCGGGGAUGAUCCAAAUUUUGAUGUUGAAGAAUUUUGUGAGAUGAUGUCAGCCUACUUCCCAGAAUUUGAGUCUAUCAAUCACUCGACAGUGUAUGAGUGGAUGUUUGAACUCGAAGCAAAACUGAGAAACAAUCAACCUGAAGAAAAAAAUACUCUUAUAGACAUAUCUUUUCCAGAGAUAGUAUUGAAACCAAAGACCAGGACUUCAAGUGUAUCGGAGGUCCCAGAAGUGCCAAAAAGAACUCACAAAUUGUCAGAAGUGAGCGACGGUAGUUCUGUGGAUAGUUCUUGUUGUGAUUUUGCGGACGAAGUUGAUGUUCUCCAGGAGAUGUUUCCAGAUGUCUGCUCCAUAGAAGUGAAGCACUGCUUAACAAUCGCAUGCGGGGACAUCGAAAGAGCCACCCAGAUCUUGAUCGAUAGACAAGAGAGCGGGCAAAGUCUCUCCCUAAACAAUUCCAUCACCUUGAGCGUGAGCAAGUCCACCAUCAACGAUGAAGAACUCAAGAACAGAAUUAUAGAACGUUACUCCUACAUCGAUAAAGAUGCCUUCACCAAGGAGCACCGUCCUGUGGCUCCCAAGGUCGAACCGAAGAAACUUGUACGUUACCGUGACAACAAGAUUGUGAGUCUCAAGGGAGAGAGAUUUACUGAAGUUAAGAAAGGUGAGGAUGUCGAUGAUGUAUCCUUAAAGAAAAACAAGAAAGGGCAAGUCCUGUAACGUACUGCUGCUCUGAAUGUGACUAUAUCACAUUGUCCGAGUUUUUCCAUUUCGAAAAGUCUAUUUAUUUGUCCGACUGAUUUUUUUAUGUCUUUUAUAUUUUUUAUAUUGCGCCUUAUCGUUACUUAUUUAACCGCAUUUUCAUUUUAUCGUAUUUUCUUGAACUUAUUGAACAAUAUUUUAUAUUUUUUCGUUUGGUUUGGUUUUCUUAACUAUUUAUUCGUUUGUUUUCUCGUUCAGUCUGAAAAAAGUUUCCUUAUUUCAAACUCGUUUUGUGUGUUGUUUCUUAUUGACAACAUAUCGUUAUUCAUCUUCGGCACCUUUUUGAUAUUUUUUCAUAUAAACUUUGUUCUUCGUCAAUUUCUCAAAUUGAUUGUUUAUUAUAUUUAUCGUUGUUCAGGGACCUAUAGAUUAAUCAAUGUAGUUGCCUGUUGCUAUGUAACAUUGUAUCCAAAGUGUUUCGCUGUAGUUAGAUUGAAGUUUUUUAUCUUAUUCUUAUGUCCUAGAGUGAAAUCUUCGUCUGAGAUAUCACUGAUAGAUAUUUGUGAAUUUUUCUGCACCUCUAACUAGCUAUAAGGAGCAAGUGUAUGGUCGGAUGAUAUCGAAUAAGUUUGAUGACAUUCAUUUCAGACGUUCUUUCAGUUCAGGAAUUUUUAUCUUGAACAAACUGAAAUUGCUCAACCACGUCAGGAAGCCUUACCUGAUACAACUUGAUCAUUCAAGAAUCGAUGAAGUGAUUUACUCAAUUUUCUAAAAAAACGCCUUUAAACACUUGAAAGUUUCCGAGUUCGUCAUUUUUGAAAUACUAUACAUAUUCAAACCAAGUAGAAAGUAAGUAGUUCGGUUGGGUUCUAAGUGAUGGUGCUUUCUUGAAACUUUUCUCAAAACUAAUACAAUAGUAAGCCAGGUGAUUCGCUACUUUGAUAGCGAAGCACGAGUAGUGGUUUAACAACUCAUGUUUGUGA